AUGGCACUGCGGCACCGUGGAUUGACUUAAAAUUGCACGGCCACGGCGAACUCACUGAGAACCGCAGUGAGGGAACAGCCAAGGGCACACGCGGACCAGCAGGCAGGUGGGGGGCGGCACAGGUUGAUUCCCAUGAUGCGGCGCACCUUUAGGUGUCGGAGGUGCACUUAGCUAAACAAUGGGGGGCGGGGCGUCGGAGAGGAGGCUCCUGAUUGGAUGAGAGGCCAGCGGAUCGGCGGCGCGUGGGCUUUGAAGUAGGAGCAUAAAAAGAGAUGAAAUUGAGAAGCUCGUUCUCUUUUGCCUGGGGUCUUGUGGAGUGAGGAACCGAGGGGUGAUCGUCCCCUGCUACUCGAACGUCCGUGAGACGGGUCGCAGAGCAGCCAGACCCAGUUCCCAGCAAAAGCCGCGUGCAGCCUCGUCUUUCCGCGACCUCCAACACCACGAGGUCGGACCGUAAGUACGAUGAGAGGUAAGGCAAAGGGGGAAAUUCUAAUAGAGAGAGUGAGUAGAGAGAGGAUAGGCUACUUGGGUAUUAGACCGUAGAGAGAUAGGUUAGAUCUGCCCUGCUGGUCCACACUGACACGGGUAGAUUCACUCCAAUUAAACAAUAAACCACCAGUAGACAUUAAACCGCGUCGUGUUGUCUCUGUGAGUACGGAGGAAAUGGGGGGGGGGGUGCAUGGUGUGGUGAGCCUGUGCGUUGUGUGGUGUCUUGUGUUUGCGCACGAGCGUAUAUUUUGCCCGCGCAUGCGCGUUCGCCGUGCACGUUAACUUGUGAGCCCGUGCGUUGUGGUGUCACGUGUAUUCUGUACGCGUGGGCACUCUCGCCGCUGCGCAGCUCGUGGUUGGCGUGUAUGAGAAGGGCACCACAGUGUAUUCGCGAGGUGGUUAGCGCAGCUACUUAAAUCAUGCCACGAGGAGCAGUAGCGAGGGGGGGAGAAGAGGAGAGUGGGGGGGCACAGGAGAACGGGGAGUCGAGGGGCAGCAGCCCUAACAAUUUGGCGUCAGAAGCGGCACGAACCCUCAGCGCGUUACCCCACGCAAAAAUAAGGCAUGUAUUCACCGGCCAGGGGAUUCCUUCAUGGAAAACAUUUGCCCGCAACGUCACAAGGGCUAAAAAAAUUAAUGGUUGGACAGACGCGCAGGCGUUAGAGCAACUUACAAUACACUUAGAUGGACGGGCGGCUGACUACGCAGAAGCUCUACCCGCGGGCACACAAACCCAGCUAGCAGAAUUAAUGCACCAACUUGACCUGCGUUUCGGCACGAGAAAUGAGGAGGAGGCAAAGGCGGCCUUAGAGGCACGCCGGCGCCAACCCGGCGAAGACUUGCGUGACUACGCCGAGGACGUGCGCUCACUAACACAGAUCGCACGCCUGGGGUACACGACAGAGGCAAUUGAGGACCUCGCCGCCGAAAAGAUCCAGCGAUACUUGGUUCGCACCAUGUGGUGGCACCCCGAUUUAAGCGGUACACGUCUCCCCUUUAAUACACUGGUGGAGCGCGCGCGUAAAUGCGAAAGACUUGCUAGUGAGCGCGCGCAGCUUCGAGGGCUGGGACGAGAGCGCCAUCGCGAGCUUGCUCCCAGAGGAGGAGGAGGAAGAGGGGCGCUCCAGUACAGGAAGGGGUCGGGCAAGGGAGCCUCCAGGGCCCCGCGAGACAACCCCAGGAUGGGUAGCAGGGCUACAAACCGGCAUGGGGGUUAUAGCCGGCCAGGUAACCCACAUACGCGAGGAAGCGCACAAAAAUGUGAAGACCAUCCAGUCCGAGAUGGGCGAGCUACGCUCCACAGUAGGGGGGCUAGCCGGACGGGUGUCCCAGUUGGAGUCCGACCUCGGACAGCUGCGUACUGGAAGGGGGAGAGGGAGCGGACAGGGGGGCCCUUAAGGGGCCGCCCCCCGGGCAUGUGACCUGUGCGACCGCCGAGGGCACCUCAUGAGGGACUGUUCUCAGGUCGCCCGCACUAGACAUGCGCCAGGGUUAAACACCAAGGCUUCCCCAGAGAGGGGACCACCGAGGGGGACAGUCGACGUGGUCCCAACACAAAUAAACUGUAAUGAUAAUGGCGAGCGAGUGACCUCCACACAGAUUCCGGCAACAACACCCAAGGACGCAGUGAGGAUGGGCUACGAGAGCUGAUGGCGGGAAUCACGGGGGCCACGUCGCUGGUAGAAGGGCAGGUGAAGGGGCAGCGCACCCGGAUCCUACUGGACACGGGGGCCGUAGCCUCACUCGUGAGCGCCACGCACUGUAGCGUGCUCGGGGUUGACGUGGGCCGCCUGCAGGCCCCGGAUCGCGCGCUGCACACGGCGAGUGGAGCCGGGAUGGGGUUGCUGGGAAGGAUCUCCCUCGAGGUCCGUCUCGGACACCAGGUGUGCAACCAGGAAUUCUAUGUCUCGAGUGUGUUGUGCCAUGAGUGUAUCGCAGGUACAGACCUCCUGGAGAAACGGGCUCAACGUGCAGCCCCGACAGCGAUGCGCCACGGUGGAAGGCAGCGUGGAGCGGAUUCCGUUCCAGGGACAAGAGCCGAAUCACCCUCACUUCACACCCGUGGCCGCUACCCUGGUGUCGGCCGUCACCAUCGGCCCGCUCGCCGAAAUGCUGGUGCCAGUGGCAACAUCCUCCACCGACCCCACACACCGACCAUCGGGCGAGGUGUGACCCCAGCUGCUGAGGCUGGUGCACGACAACCCGCUCGGGGGCCAUGACGGGGAACGACGCACUCGGGAGACCCUGCGUCGCCAGUAUCUCUGGCCCAAAUUGGCACAAGACGUGGCCGCCUGGGUGCAGGACUGCCGCGCGUGUCAGCAAUGUGGGCCGAAACCGGCGCAAUAUCAGGUACCCCUGAGACCGUUCCGCAUCAGUCGAAUGAACCAGCUGGUUGGGAUCGACCUGCAAGGGCCAUUCCCGCGAUCCCACCAGGGCAACCGAUAUAUUCUCAUAGCGGUAGAGUACUUCACACGCUAUCCCGUAGCAGUGGCUAUCCCCGAUAAGACGGCCCUCGUGGUAGCCCGAGCGUUCGUGGAGCACUACGUACUUAAGCACGGGAUCCCCGAACGAGUCAUUACUGACCAGGGUAGUGAGUUCGAGGCAGAGCUAUUCCAGGCGCUGUGCCGCAAGUUCGAACUACGGCGUACCACCCCCAGGCGAUCGGGAUGGUGGAGCGUAUGAACCAGACUCUAGCCGGGAAGCUCAAACGCAUGGUGGCCGCAAAUCAGCAGGACUAGGACGAACACCUGCCCUACGCCCUGUUCGCCUACACCACCACAGUACACACGUCGUUGGAGACAUCAAUAUAAUGCAUAAUGUUAGAGCUUACAUUGGGCUGUGCAUACGAUAUUAUACAAUGUGGUUUAGAUCCUCCGUUCCGAGCAUAGAUGGACUCGUCCGUCUGAACAAAGCUCGUCGCUUUCCAUGGUGCUAACCACAGUGGUGCUAACAUUGAAAAGAAAAAAGAAACCGCCACUUUUUUCCGACAUAGUUCCGACAUACUCUUUGGUUCUAUUCGGUAAAGUCACGUA